CUCUACACCACUGAGAACGAAUGAGCAAGAGAGGAAGUACCAAAAAGUGAUUGAGGAAGUUCAACAAGGGCAUGGCCAACCGUCUAACCAUCAUCCAUUUUCUCUCAGUUACGAGAGAUCGACAGAUGCUGUACUCUGUUCUACUCUGAUUGGAUGUGAUAUACAAAAUCAAAAUGAACAAGAUUGUGUUGCGAAGGACGUCCUUUUUUCUCUUACUCUCCUUCAGAAUCUGGAAAGGUUAUGCAGUUGAGACAACAGAGUCCACAAAGCAACCAGAAGUAUCUAAAUCUGUGUCUAACACCACUGGACCCACAAUAUUUGGUCAAGAUAACCAGAAUGCAACCGGGUGGACAAUGGACCCUGUCACAAAUGUACAGAAGAUGAACGUCACCACACCUGCAGCAGUCACAAACAUCACCAACUCCACCGUGACUACCACUCUGAGCCCCAACAAGGCAUCUGUGGUCACAUUCAGACCAGCCACACAGCCAACCAUUAAGACCAACACUUCCAAAGCCAGAACAUACUCUGCUGUGUGGGAGGAGAGAUGGGGCGAUCCAUUCCAUUAUAAUUACACCUCUCUGCGUCAUAUAGGGUUAACCAUCGCUGCAGUUCUCUUCGUGAUGGGGAUCUUGGUACUUGGUUGCGGCAAAGAUAAACGAAUUCCACGCUGUCACAUUGGCAAAGGAAGUUCAUACGAGGUGACCAGAAGUUAACACUCAUCCCUGCAUUGAUUUGACCCGGCAAAAAUAGCAGAACAGCAAGCAAAACAUGAAGGAGCCAGUCAAACCUGUUCUGGCAGCAGUUACAUACUUCCCCUCUUGUGAGAAUAACAUCAUAAGGACAAGAUGGAGGUGUUGUGUGUAUGAAUGUGUUCAUUAUUUUAAACUGAUCUCUUGGUUUGUCAAAUUUUGGCACAGGGGAAUAAAGAUGUGUGCUAUCGAGCAGCACUAAAUGCCAGCCGUAACACAACAGCUGGGACUUCGAAAGAUCCCAAUGUAAUCACACGUCUCAGACACAAAAUCCCUUCAUCUCUGCGCUCUCCUGCACCAAAAGGCUCUGUUUAAGCGUCAAACUUUUUACAACACAGACCUGUACUUGUGUUUUACUAUUAUUAUUUCAAUAUUCUGCAUCUUCAGAUGUGUCAAUCAUUUGUAUUUGGAGGGAAGAGCUUUGUAUAGCUCACAAGCGCCCUCAUGAGGGCACAUUUAUUAUAAACCACAUGAGUUCUCCCACGUGGAGUGAAUAAAAGAGUUUGACAUUGAA